AUGACCGAACCCCAUCGUGACGAGUCGGACUACGACUCCUCAGAUGAAGCCAUCACCAUCACCCUCACCCAUCGCAAUACACCGCACACCUUCAAAUUCCCCAGCGACGGUACAAUAACUCACCUCUCCGAAGACGUCGAAGAUACCCUCUCGAUCCCCGCAUCCAACCAAAAAUUCAUCGUCCCGAAACUCGGCCUCCUCAAACCCCCGUUCAAGGACCCCGACAUGUCGCUCACGGGCCUUCAAGGCAAGAAAAUAAUGCUCAUGGGCGUCGAGGCAAAGGAGGUCGCAUCGCUGCAGGCGGCAUCCGAGUUCGCCGCGCGGAGGAACGCCGCCCGCAGCGCAGCUCGCAGGGCGAACCGCCCCUCGCGCAGGAGAGACCAGGCCAAGUCGCAGGCCCACAGCACUUAUACCUUCCUGUCCGUCCGGCCGCUCGCCGGCCUGCCUCACCCGGAACGAUCGCUCGCGCUGUUGGAGAAGCUGAAGGAGGACCCCGGCAUUCGCGCGUCGAUGGUCAAGCACAAGUUUAGCGUCGGCCUGCUGACGGAGAUGGAGCCCCUGUCAAAUACGCAGUCGAGCCACGAGGGCACGACAAGGUUACUCGGACUGAACCGCAAUCAGGGCGAGGUCAUCGAGUUGAGGCUGCGGACGGACGCGCACGACGGGUACAGGGAUUACAAGACGAUUCGCAAGACUUUGUGCCACGAGCUCGCGCACAACGUCCACGGCCCGCACGAUAGGAAUUUCUGGGACCUGUGUCAUCAGAUUGAGCGCGAGGUUGACGCUGCGGAUUGGAAGCACGGCGGACAGACUGUCGGACAGCAGUCUUCGUACUAUGCGGCAGCGGAGGACGAGGAGGAAGGUUUCGAGGACCACGGGGGCUGGGAAGGUGGAGACUUUGUCGUCGGCGGAAGCGCCGCUGACAACAAAGGUCUUAGCCGGCGGGAGAUUCUGGCAAAGGCGGCCGAGGAGAGAGUUCGGAAGAUGAAUAUGGAGAGGCGUGACGGCGGGAAGCCCGACUCUGGCGGCGCAUCAUCUUGA